AUGGGAAUCAUUUGGACAGAAACAAAACCAGAAAUUGCUCUUUUACUGAAAAUUUUCACAGGAUGGUACUUUGCCUUUGGUGUUGGCGCUUUCUUUCCUGCGACAAAUGAACCCUUUUUUACGAGGUCACCAAAGACAUGGGAUAUCCUCCAUUGUUAUAUGCUCAAUUUUGCCGGACUUUAUACUUUGCAGUGUACGAUUUGGACGUUGACUAGCGCAUAUUAUUAUCCUUCACGAGUUUCUGCUAUGUCGAUGGCCGCACAGUUGUUGUUAGUUGUUGGCAUUGUCACAUGGAUUCAAAUAACUGGAAAUCUGUUUUCUCCAUUGGGACUUGCAGCGUUUUCAAUUGAUGCAUGCUUCGGUUUACUUUUCGCUUAUUUUGCUAUUGCUUGA